AAGCUGCAAUCGUGUGUCGUGUGUGAGCCGACUUGAACACGGAACCUUGUGGUUAUCCACAUACAUCCAGGUGUGAAUUCUGAGAACACAAACUCCACUUUAUACCUCCAACCCAGCAGCCAAUGGCCUCUGCAUGGGCUGAGGAGGAGGCCUUUGUCUGCUCCGUCUGCCUGGACACCCUGAAGGAUCCAACCACUCUACCCUGUGGACAUUCAUACUGCUUGGCUUGUAUCCAAAGUCACUGGGACAAGAGAGACAGCAAUGGUCAGUACAGCUGCCCCCAGUGUAGGCAGAUCUUUAACCCCCGGCCCUCGCUGUCCAGGAGCACUGUCCUUGUGGAGGUUAUGGAAAAACUGAGAACCAACAGCCUCAGGCAAAGCUGCACCACUGCAUCAUCGAUGCCUCUCUACUUGGAGGUACUGCCACAGGACAGUGUGCACCCUCAGCUUCCCACAGUGGACCCUCGGCUUUGUCCACAUCAUUACCAACCUCUGGAUAUGUUUUGCCGUGAAGACAAGGAGUGUGUGUGUGUGUUGUGUUGCCAGGGUGGACACAGGGGACAUCAUGUGCUCAGCCCACAGGAAGAGAGGGAGGAGAGACAGAAAGAGCUCGUUCAGAUUCAGGCAGAGGUGCAGAGGAGAAUUCAGGAGACUGACAGGAAGCUGAAGGAGUUCCCAAAUGCUGCUCGCCAACACAAGGCCUUGGUCCAAGCUCUGGGGCAAGAGAGCACAGACUUAUUUUCAGACCUUGCCAAGAAGGUGAGUAUAACAGGCCUCCAGGUGGUGGAGCUCCUCAGCUCCCAUGAGAACUCGCUGAGCAGCCAGGUGGAAGGGCAGAUGCACAGACUGGAGCAGGAGGCUGCACAGCUGAGCUGGAAGAGUGAAGAGCUGAGCAGGCUUUCCAACGUGCAGGACCACGUCUGCUUCUUGAAGAAUUUCCUAACCAUGGAGCCGCUGGAUCCAUCAAGUGUGACAGCAGAGUCAGUGUUGAGUCAGGAGGAGGCCGUGGUAGCAUCCAUCCGCUUAACCAUGAAAGAACUACACACUUCACUACAGGACCAAUGUAAAAGCAGCCUGGCCAAGAUCAUCACACUUGUGAAUCAUGACAACUUGACUUCACCACCCGGUGCAGUAGCAGAGCCGUCAGUAACUGAUACCCGUGUUCAGGCCAGUGCACCAAACACAGGCUCUUUAUUAAAAUAUCCUGCUCUGUAUCCUACAUGUUCUCAAGCUUCAGCCCCGCCUCCACCGCUCCUUCCCCCUCGCCCUCAAACACCUCCUGUAACAACAGAUUUAAACUCACAACCAAAGUCCAGAGAAGAAUUGCUGAAAUUUCGCUUUGAGCCCACCAUGGACCCUAACACCGUGUAUCGCCACCUGCAGCUGUCAGAUGGAGGUCGUAAGGCCUCACUGCGAGCGGAAAACCUCAACCCACCAGAACAUUCUGAACGCUUCCACUUCUGGAGACAGGUCCUCUGCAUGGAGCCGCUGGCAGGGAGCCCAUAUUACUGGGAGGUGGAGUGGACUGGCCAGAAGAUCACCGUUGGUGUUGCCUACAAAGAAAUGGAACGUAAAUCUAAUGACGACAAAAGCCGUUUGGGACACAAUCCCCAGUCUUGGAGCUUAUACUGGUCCGGGACUGGUUUCUCCUUUUGGCACAAUGGGCAGGAAAUGCUCCUGGGCUCUCCUAAGGCCAAACGGAUCGGCAUCUAUCUGGACCAACAUGAUGGGAUUUUGAAUUUUUACCGUAUUACUAAGAACCAGGCGUUCCUCAUCCACCAUCACAGCACCCAGUUCACUGGCCCACUGUAUCCUGGAUUCCGAUUCUGGGCAGGAGUCGGGUCCACAGUCACUGUUUGCCAGUUGGAUUAAGUGACACUUGAGUAAUCUGCGUGUCUGGUUUUAAGAAUACAACAUUUUAUUUUACACUUUAAAUUCUAAAGAUCCUUCCAGAUAAGAAAGUGAUUGUUUUGCAUCUGUGUUCUUGGACCUGUUAUAAACUUAAUAAAGUUGUCGCAUACACACA